CCUUGAUUAGUUGCACAUUUAUUUAAUAGUGAAAGUGUACUGAUGAAGCACGGACAUAUGCACUUGGAUUUUUUGUAUUAUUAUUUUGCUUUAUAAUACAUUCAUUUUGUGAAAGGUUUUUGUUGGAAUAUGACAUGCUUAGUUGUGUUGGCGCUUUGAUAUAUUCAUCAUAUGUAUAUUAGUGGAGGUCAGACCUAUACACGAAUAAAUGACAGAAGAGGAAACCAGGAGGUCUGAUGCAUUGGAGCGAAAUAAUAUUUGAAAUUUGAGGUUUGACCCGCAUACGUUUUUAACACACACUUAGGGUCCCCUCCACCCAUCAAUAAGAGAACCUUGGAAAUAGGCAAAGGCAUUGGAAAUGAGCAGGAUUCCUCAAUUAUUCAGUCUUACGCCUAAAGAAGGAUCAGAAGGCAGCAGCAGCCAUGGAAAUAAAGGAAAACAGAAGGCGACAAUACAAGAGCUAAUGAGAGCGGAGAGCAACACGAACCUUCAAAUUUCAUACUCCAGGCACUCGGACCUCGAGAAAGAAAUUGAGCAACAAAGAAAAAUGCUGUCUGAUGCAGAAAAAAGGGAAAAAGCCCAAGCAGACGCACUGGCACUGGGAAAAAACAAAUUUCGUGUUAUUGACGGCCUUCAGGCAAUAAAGGGGGCUCGAAUAUUUCUUCAGUCACGUCCAGAUUGGAGUGGAACUAUAUUGGUUCAGUCUAGCACGGAGAGGGACUUCGACAAAGAGCUGAAGAAGCUGAAAGAUGAGUUUUCAGGGCGUGUUAUUAAUUUUAAGAAAAAGUAGUGUCUGCUCCUAGCUAGAGCUAGUUGUUGAUGGAAAAAGUUGCAGCAACACCGUGCGUGUCAGUGUCUUAUGUUUCAUGAUGAAUGAUGCAGAGUAUGUGUCGUCUGUGUGUUUUUCUCAUUGAAUAAAGUGUUGUUUUUCCAUCAGUCAAUAAAUUGCGGGCAUGGAUG